AUGCACCACUAUAACAUACCAAUCAACACCGGGGUUGCGACCAAAAACACUAACUUCGGGUAUUUACUACUCCAGACCAACUUUACAAACGGGAACAACGUAGCAAUUGUGACUACGUUGACUCACAAUCAACUGGGAUCCUCUUCGUCCGGUCCUAACAAACGCAAGGCUCAGAACUCUGAUAUUCCGACCACGUCAAUUGAAAUUGAUUUCGGUACAAAUGGUGCAGCUUCAACGGCGGUGCAGCCAAAGGUGGAGCCCAGCCGGUCGCUCUCGAGAAAGUCAAGCCUGAGGCCGUCUCGGUCAAAGGAGCCAAGGGAACCAAAUGGGAAUGUGAGCGCGUCGCCUUCCUCGAGCCGGUCAAGCUUAAGACUGUCCAGGACAAAGGACACAACCACAAAGACUGAUCGGCUAUCCACUCCGAGCGCAGCAAUUAGAGCAACGCCUCAGAUUGUUAUCCCGUCGUCCGCGAAACGGACAAAGCAACUGCUGGAGCUUCCCAUCUCUGGUGAAGAACCCAAAUUAAAGGGAGUGUCAGAGGAAUACUUUCCUAUUAGCCGAGUGGAGAAACAGAAGGCUUUGAAAAGAGCUUAUCCCAAGCGUGACAAGGUCGACCGGAGCAUAAUUCCAUUCUGCACCUCAUCUGAGUCCGCUCCGUCAAUCCCUCAGCCUGACCCGAUAGCCUUCUUGCGGGCUAACCUCGAUGAAAGGCUACGGCAAAUUGACGGGCCAGCGGUCACAUUUGACAUCGACGAUGAGAGACUUGCGAUGCUUUCUACCACUUUUGGCUUUGUGAAUGACUACCUUCUUCUUGACGGUGUGACGCGUGUCCCGGAAGGCUUCCAUUAUGGUUGUAAUUGCUCCGGCUCUGGCCCCUGCGACCUCACAACCUGUGACUGUCUUUUUGAAGAGGAGGAAUCGAAUCAGAAGAUUUCCACAUAUCACCCACUGGAGAACGGACAAUUUGUGCUUAACCCCAGCUUUUUGGAGCGUCGUUCGAAAAUCGCCGAGUGCUGUUCACUGUGCAGUUGUAAGGGCCUCGAAAGCGGCUGUUGGAAUACGGUUGUUCAGCGUGGUCGUCAGGUCCGAUUCGAAAUCUUUGAUACGGGACCUCGUGGUAAUGGUCUUCGCUCCCCAGACCCUAUCAUAGCCGGUCAAUUCAUCGACCGGUACCUCGGUGAAGUUCUCACGCAAGAAGCCGCGGAUGCCCGCGAAGCCACUAAUAACAUGGGCCAAUCUUACCUCUUUGUCCUCGACUGGAAGCAGGAAGAUCAGGACGAGGAUGACGACGAGGGUGACGAACAUAAGCCCGAUCAAAAAUUUUACGUUGUUGAUGGUCAAAAGUUCGGCUCACCCACCCGCUUCAUUAAUCACUCCUGCAACCCUAAUUGCAAAAUCAUCCCCGUGUCCACUACAGAGCCGGGUGAUGAUAGCCUUUACCACCUCGCCUUUUUCGCCCUGUGCGAUAUUCCCCCGGGCACCGAGUUGACCUUUGACUACAAUCCCUUCUGGGUUGAUACAGAUACAGAUACAGAUGAGGAGAAGGAUAAGGAUAAGGAAAAGGAAAAGGUCGACCCGAACGCCGUUACUUGCCUUUGUGGCGAGGACAACUGUCGUGGCCAGCUAUGGCCUAACGCGCGUAAGCAAGGCCCGGGCGUUAAGUCUAGCCCUAAUGCUAAGGCUAAGACGGCCAAAAAAAGCCACGGCAAGAAUUCAAAGAAAUAA